CUCUUUGUUUGCCCUGCCAUCUGGGCCGCAGCGUCUGGCAUGUCAUCUGGCUUCCUCCGUGGCGGCUCGUCGGGAACGAUACCACGAGAGGGCAACUUCGCCCUCAAGCCGUACUUGGACUGUAUCCGAGAGACGCUGGGCGCCGCGCUCUGCGUGAGCAACUUUGCGUCGCAGAUCGUCGAGAGGCACAACAAGCCCGAGGUGGAGGUCGGCACGUCGAGCGAGCUGCUGCUGAACCCGAUCGUGAUCAGGCGAUCCGACCAUGAGUCGGUCCUCAUCGAGUCGGCAGUCAACUCCGUCCGCUUCUCCAUCAAGGCGCGCAUUGCUGCGGAGGGAGUCGCCCGCCUCGCCGCCGCCUCGCCCCACCCCGCCCCCCCUGCCCCCCCCCUCCGCGGGUCGCAGGUCAAGCAGCUCGAUGAGAUGGACGAGAUCCUGGCGCGCAAGUUCACGCGCUUCCUGAUGCUGCGCGCCGACAACUUCAUCGUCCUGCGGCGCAAGCCGGUCCCCGGGUACGACAUCUCCUUUUUGCUGACAAACUUCAACGUCGAGGCCCUCUGGAAGCACAAGCUUAUUGACUUUGUGAUCCAGUUUAUGGAGGAGAUCGACUCGGAGAUCUCGGCGAUGAAGCUGGCGGUGAACGAGCGAGCGAGGAUGGUAGGCUACCAGUACCUGCGCGAGAUGUGCUAGCGGGGGGAACCACUACAUUGCGCGUGCUGUGCGUCUGUGCGUGCGGCUGGCCCCCUGCACCCAGAGGGGCAUCUCUCGAAGCCAUGUCAAGUUGUCGUGUCCCUCGCCUGUCGCCUGCGCCGCUGCGCCUGCGCGCCUCCCCGCGCCUGCCGCUUGCGACGGCUGCGCGGCGCGGGCGCGGGCGCCGCGGCCGUGCGCGGCGCGCGAGCCGGGCGGGGGCGGCGCGGCGCGUCGCUCGCUUGGGCUUGCGCGUCUUUUGGGACUCUCCACCUCCGCCGGGUCCUUAUUAGCUUUUUUUGCAAUAAGAUAUGCAAUAUCC